UACUGUCAAGUGACUGGAGACAUCGGUGGGAAACUGGAUAUACAUAUGCUGGUCUUCCACUCCUCUUGGUUGGUUUGGAAAGGACGACCAAAAGGGUCUAAUUGUAGCCGUAGCCAAUCCCCGCGGUGCUGUGUCGGAGGAAAGACCCAAACAAAAAUUAUAAGUUUGGAAAGUUCUUCAAAACGGUAGACGGAACUCAAGUGGGCGCUUCGGACGGAGUCGGAGUCGGAGUCGGAGUCGUUGUCAGGUCAGGCAGAGUGUGGUAGAGUGGAAGGGAAGUUAAUUUUUUGGGAAAUUAGUCAUCAGAGAUGCCAAAUUGGGAACUCAAAAACUGUUGUAAUCAUGAGCAGGUCGCCUUCUUAACCACCAUAGGAGUCUUCGCUGUUGUGAUCCUCGCGCUAUGGAGGACACUAUUGUUGACACCUUUCAAGCUUAUUACUGUCUUUCUUCAUGAGGCAAGCCAUGCUAUGGCUUGUAAACUAACAUGUGGUCAUGUGGAGGGAAUGCAGGUUCAUGCAAAUGAGGGUGGAGUGACACAAACACGUGGUGGUGUCUAUUGGUUAAUUUUGCCAGCCGGAUAUCUUGGUUCGUCAUUUUGGGGAAUGGUUUUUAUACUGGCUUCUACAAAUCUUGUAACUGCAAGAAUUGCUGCUGGAUGUUUCGUGGUUGCUUUGCUUAUAGUACUCUUUGUUGCUAAAAAUUGGACGCUUCGAGGACUCUGCAUUGGGUUCAUUAUUUUCCUUGGUAUUAUUUGGGUUUUGCAAGAAACAACAAAGGUUCACAUUCUGCGGUACAUCAUUCUGUUCAUAGGCAUAAUGAACAGCUUAUUUUCGGUUUACGAUAUAUAUGAUGAUCUCAUAUCUCGAAGAGUUCAUUCCAGUGAUGCUGAAAAGUUUGCAGAAAUUUGUCCUUGCCCCUGUAAUGGUGUUGCAUGGGGAGUCAUUUGGGGAUUAAUAUCAUUUAUGUUUCUCUGUGGAGCCAUGUAUCUUGGGCUUGUCAUCAUGUCUUGAGGUUCAAGAAUUGGUUCAAAUGCUUGUCACCAGAAUAUACAUGACUUUGCCUUACAUGGAGUUGAACGAAAGGACAGUAUUUGUUGCCAACAACAUAUAACAGGAUGAAGAUUGGUUGAUCAGGAUUAUUCUUACCUGUUUAUGUGUAUAUAGAAUUUUUUUAUAUCUCACAUGUUUCACAUUUUUGUCUGUCAAUUCUUCUAGCAGUAAAAUUAUUAUUUCAUUCUUAACCCUUUGUAGCAUUGGGCUUCCAUCUUUGUUACUCUCCGUGGUGAGAUUUAUCUCAGAAGUUUGGUUAUGUUAAAUUGUGUUUGCUAAUUAGAUUGGUGACAUUCUGUAUA